CUCUCAUGCGACCGUAGUUGGCCUUGUCAGCGGUGCUCGCGAGCAGGCCGUCCCGAUCAGUGUACAUACGACACACCCUCGGGUAGACCGCCCACGUCAAGUCGGCAGUUGCACCAUCAACAGCGGCGAUCGACACAAGACGAACGACAAGAAAUCCGGCGUUUGCGCGUCGAGGUGACCACCUUGAAAGAUCUUCUUUCCCAUCGUCAGCCUCAAGUGAACUAUACCGACGAUGCAGCGAGCAAUCACGCCAAGCUUGCUUUCCAACCAACGCCGCCACCGGUGACAGCAAGGAAUGCCGUUGACGAUCAGUCUGGUCGUCUCGUAGCUGCAACUUCUUUUGACCAUCCAAAAGAUCGCUCUCCGCCUGGUUAUUAUGCCAAGCACUCGCUCUUCAAAUUCUUCACAGAGGUAUCCAAUCUCCGAGAGUACUCACGCUGCGAAGACACUUACACCUCCGCUUCANNGAUCACGCAAAUUGUCCCUUUCAUCACCGAAGUCACUGAAGAAUGGCUACGACCGGCUGGUGCAAAGCUCAAGAAACACAAGGUGCACAUCUCGAGGAGCGAGGAUCUAGGACUUGACACGAUGCUCCCACCACAGGACGAUGCCGAUGUUUUGGUAAAAUUCUACCUUGACAACUUUGAGCAUCUUCAUCGCAUCAUUCAUGUACCCACUUUCCAGAAGCACUACAAUUCUUUUUGGGAUCCGUGUCAAACACGCUCGCCCGCUAUCACUUCUCUGAUCCUGUCCAUGAUGGCUAUUUCUGUGAGCGCGUCUCCGAUGGGAGAGCGCUAUAGGACAUUACCUUCACGCUGGAUUGUUAUAAUAGAUGAAUGGCUACAGCACCAGAGUCCGAAGCGCUUCGAGCUCGUUCACUAUCAAAUCUUUUGUCUGAGCUAUCUAGCGAAACGCAUCAACAUGAUUCACAAGAAGAGGUUCUGGACAGAGUCGAGCAACCUGUUGCAGAGAGCAAUGCUGGACGGACUACCAUACGAUAAUCCUGGACGCCGCCCAGAAGACACUCUCAUGAUUGAGAUGAGGCGACGCAUUUGGCAUGUGAUACGCGAGCUUGAACUUCAAACCUCGUACGAAUUCGGUCUGCCAACACUCCUUCACAAUAUCGACUGCGACCUUGCGAGUCCCUCCAACGUUGAGGACAAGGACCUACAUGAGCAUUGUACAGAGGCGCCUGAAUCUUUGUCAACCGAACACUAUACUCAAAAUUCAUAUCAGACUCUGUGCACGCGCAGCUGGCCACUUCGGUUGGAGAUUUCUCGACGCUUGUUUUGUUCCUCCAUCGCUGGACCUUUGACAUACGAUGACGUCCUCCGAUACACGCAUCAGCUCACUGCACAGAUUGUCAUGCUCCCGACUUGGGAUACGUCCUCUCACAAUGGCAUUCCCUUACUUGUCAAUGUGUUUUUGAGGUCUCAACUCAUGGAGUGCAUUCUGGCCAUCCACCGACCAUACCUGCAGAAAGACAGCUCGUCAUUCUGGGUCUCGGAAAACAUUUGUUUUCAGAUGUCUCGGGAGAUGCUUCUCCUAGAAUGCCGUUUGAGUGAUUUGGGUCUCCAACCGAUGACUCGCUUGCGUGAGGACCUCUUGUUGGCUUCACUGACUCUUACUCGAAUCACGCUAUUACAGGCUCCNGAUAUCGUCAUGAGCUGCUGCGACUCUAUCAUCGAGCUCAUGGAACGCGGUCUGAGCAUGGCAAGUGACAGAUACUUGCGAUGCGACAAGAGCGAGCCUUGGUGCUUCAUAACCCUAUCUGCUGCCAUCUCACUGCUCAGGAUUCACCUAGGGGUGUGGGACCGGACGAUCGCGAAAUACUCGUGUGCACAAAGCUUUCUGGACCUACACCAGCGGCAUCCC